AUGGAUUCCUUCAAACCAUCCGAUUCCGCGGUGCGGGAUACGGAGCUGCAAUCGUUGGAUAGAGAUGGUUCUUCAGAUCAUGAUCCAAAGGCGGCAGUUGCCGAUGACUGUGACAUGCAGCGAAUGGGAAAGGCUCAGGAACUGAAGAGAAACCUAAGACCUUUGGCCGCUUUAAGUUUUGCAUCGGUUUUGCAGGCAACGUGGGAAUUCAUUCUUAUUUCCAAUUACGAAGGCUUAUACAAUGGUGGCCUACCAGGCUUCUUUUACGCUUAUAUAUGGACAUUCAUUGGAUUUGGUUUCAUCAUUGCCUCCAUCUCCGAAAUGGCAUCAAUGGCACCAACUUCGGGCGGACAAUAUCACUGGGUUUCUGAGUGGUCCUCGCCCCGAUACCAAAGGUUCCUCAGUUACAUUACAGGCUGGAUGUCAGUGUUAGCAUGGCAAGCCGGAGCAGCCUCUGGCUCGUUCCUCACUGGAACUAUUAUUCAGGGAUUAAUCACCGUUCGAAACCCUGAUUAUGACCCCCAGAGCUGGCAGGGCACCCUGCUUGUAUUUGCCAUGGUCCUAGUGAUCUUUAUCGUGAACGUCUACGCAUCUGAUUUGAUGCCAAUUCUCAACAACCUCUUGAUGGUUCUCCACGUUCUCAGCUGGGCAAUCAUCAUUAUUGUUCUAUGGGCUAUGGCUCCUCACCAAUCCGCCGAAGCUGUCUUCGUUUCAGAGUGGAAGAAUAUGGGAGGUUGGUCCACAAUGGGCCUGAGCGUGAUGGUCGGACAAAUCUCAGCUAUCUACGGCUCUCUCAGCUCUGACGCAACUGCACAUAUGUCCGAAGAGGUGAAAGAUGCAGGUCGCAACGUCCCCGUCGCUAUUGCCUGGGGCUACUUUAGUAACGGCCUUAUGGCCAUCGUCCUAAUCAUCACUAUGCUCUUUGCAAUGCCAUCAGUGGAAGCCGCCCUGGAUGAUCCUACUGGCUUCCCAUUCCUCUAUGUUUUCCAACAGGCCACCUCAACGGCAGGUGUGAACGGACUGUCGGCUAUUAUCCUGCUGCCUGUUAUCUUCAGCAAUAUCCUCUUCAAUGCCUCCACCUCCCGCCAAACCUUCGCCUUUGCCCGUGACAAUGGCCUUCCAUUCUCCAAGUGGAUCGGCAAAGUCGACCAAAAGCGCAAGAUUCCCACGAAUGCUAUCAUUCUGUCCUGCAUUAUCAGUUGCGCGCUAUCCCUCAUUAACAUCGGAUCAGAGACUGCAUUCAAUGCCAUUAUCUCUCUAAACGUGGCCGCAUUGAUGUACACGUACAUCAUUUCAAUUAGCUGCGUCAUCUACCGCAAGAUCUGGCAUCCCGAGACCCUCCCCCACCGUCGAUGGGACUUGGGACGUUGGGGACUGGGUAUCAACAUCGCUGGUCUGCUAUAUUGCUGUUUCGCGCUCUUCUGGGCGUUAUGGCCAGGUGAUGUAGUUGUCACGGCAGAGAACUUCAACUGGAGCGUGGUUCUCUUUGCGGGAGUCUUUAUUAUAAGUCUUGUGAUGUUUGCUGUUAAGGGCCGGAAGGAUUACGUUGGACCGUCGGUUAUUGUCCAAAAGACCCGGGACUGA